AUGAGGAAAGCCAGUGAAAAUGAGGUUGUGGACACGGAAAGUGAGUUAGGGAAGCUGGAACGCACUAUUCUAUUCAGGAUAGUGACAGGUACAGGAAUUUCAGAGGAAAAUAGGGAGGCUGAGAUGAUGAAAAACAUGGUGGAGGAGUCAGUUUCGCCAAAUACCAAGUUUUUAUUUGCGGAUGCAUUAGGGCCUUGUAGAAUUUUUCCUUCGUGGUUGUUUGAGAAACAGGCUAAAGAUAUAAUUAAAAAAUAUAAUAAGAUAUUGGAAAGGAUCUUAGAGGAGCAUAAAGAAAGAGCAAAGAAAGACGAAGAGCGAUCAGAGAAUAAAAAUUUGAUGGAUAUUCUCUUGGAGGUUUAUCAUGAUGACAAAUUGGAGUUCAAGAUUUCCAGAACCAACAUCAAGGCCUUCAUUUUGGAUAUCCUGGUUGCUGGAAUCAGUGGCGCAGACGAGGCCGUGAAAUGGGCAAUGGUGGAGCUAAUUAACCAUCCUGAUUUGUUCAGUAAAGUUAGAGAAGAGAUUGAAUCAGUUGUUGGAAGGAGUAGCCUAGUUGAAGAAUCAGAUGUACCAAAUCUUCCAUAUUUACAGGCCCUUGUGAAGAAAUCACUAAGAAUGGAUCCACCAGCACCUCUAUUAAUCAGGGAAGUCUAUGGAAAUUGUAACAUCAAAGGAUUUGAUAUACCUGAAAGAACUGUAACAGCUAUUAAUAUAUAUGCCAUAAUGAGGGAUCCUGAUUUGUGGGAGAAACCAAACGAGUUUCAGCCUGAGAGGUUCUUGGUUUCUUCGAAAGAACAAGAUUAUAACCAAGAUGCUGAAAAAAAGAAACAACUUCUCAAUUUCCUUUUGGAGGAGGAAAGAGAAGCUGCCCGGGUUCACUCUUAUUAUUAG